AUGGAUCCCAUCACUCUCUGUGUCAACGACAAGAAUGUGUGCCAGGCCUUGAGUCCUCAAAAUCAGUCUUGGAAGGAUAGUUUAUCCGAAUCCCCGACCUACAGACAGUCUAUUGGGAAGUCGAUGUUUCCGACAAAUAUCAAAUACAUCUUCGAUGGUGAAGAGAUAUGUAACAAGGAGGACGAUGCAGAGAAUGUGAUUAUUUUGGAGAUGAGCGAGGGAGGUCAAGUGGAAAGUGUUGAAAUGAUCAGUGACGAUUUUGAACUGUUACGAUUCAAGAAUAACGGAGAGAAUCCCCUGUUGGACACCACGGUACAGGGAAACAAACUAAACAUCGAUCUGGAACUGGACGUAGUGUCCAAGUUUAGAGAAUUGUCCGAGAUCACUGCUGAUCUCUCCCUUGAAGAAUUGGUGAAUGUCUAUAAAAUACAAAAUGAACAACUAAGAAGCAUAUAUAACUCCAUAAUGAAAUAA